AUGAUGGGCUCCGUGCUCCCGGCUGAGGCCCUGGUGCUCAAGACAGGGCUGAAGGCGCCGGGGCUGGCGCUGGCAGAGGUCAUCACCUCCGACAUCCUGCACAGCUUCCUGUACGGCCGCUGGCGCAACGUGCUGGGCGAGCAGCUCUUCGAGGACAAGAGCCACCACGCCAGCCCCAAGACAGCCUUCACCGCCGAGGUCCUGGCGCAGUCCUUCUCGGGCGAGGUUCAGAAGCUGUCCAGCCUGGUGCUGCCGGCCGAGGUGAUCAUCGCGCAGAGCUCCAUCCCCGGCGAGGGCCUCGGCAUCUUCUCCAAGACGUGGAUCAAGGCGGGCACCGAGAUGGGCCCCUUCACCGGCCGCGUCAUCGCCCCGGAGCACGUGGACAUCUGCAAGAACAACAACCUCAUGUGGGAGGUGUUCAACGAGGAUGGCACGGUGCGCUGCUUCAUCGACGCCAGCCAGGAGGACCACCGAAGCUGGAUGACCUACAUCAAGUGCGCGCGGAACGAGCAGGAGCAGAACCUGGAGGUGGUCCAGCUCGGCGCCAGCAUCUUCUACAGAGCCACCGAGAUGAUUCCUCCAGACCAGGAGCUGCUGGUGUGGUACGGAAACUCACACAACACCUUCCUGGGGAUCCCUGGCGUGCCCGGGCUGGAGGAGGAGCAGAAAAAGAACAAGCAUGAGGACUUCCACCCGGCGGACCCGGCGGCUGGCACCUCGGGCCGCAUGCGCUGCGUCAUCUGCCACCGCGGCUUCAACUCGCGCAGCAACCUGCGCUCGCACAUGCGCAUCCACACGCUGGACAAGCCCUUCGUGUGCCGCUUCUGCAACCGCCGCUUCAGCCAGUCGUCCACGUUGCGCAACCACGUGCGCCUGCACACGGGCGAGCGCCCCUACAAGUGCCAGGUGUGCCAGAGCGCCUACUCGCAGCUGGCCGGCCUGCGCGCCCACCAGAAGAGCGCGCGCCACCGGCCGCCCAGCGCCGCGCUGCAGGCCCACUCGCCCGCGCUGCCCGCGCCGCACGCGCACGCGCCCGCGCUCGCCGCCAUGAGGACACUGAGGGGCGACGUCCUUUUCGCGGGCCGCCCAGCUGGGGCAGCUGCUCGGCCGCCUCCUCUUCAGGGGAUCCCCAUGCUUGGCCUCACCCCUGAGUCUCCCUCCUCUUGUGGAGUCGGCUGCGCAGGCUGA